AUGGAACCAUUAAGAGCAUCCAAAGUAAAUUCCAAGUAUUAUAAUAAAUUGCACAGUUCUAGAGCCCUGACUAUUCCAAUUAUUAGAUGUGAAGUAUUCAAUAGAGUUAUUAAAGAAGAGUUUAUUGAUAAUACAGACCAUACGAAUGAGAAUCAUUUAUUACAAACGGGACCUAAAUGUGAAUUUGAAGAGGAAAUAAACCCCAGUGAUCCCAAAAUAAAAAUCGAAAAGGAUUUGAACGAUGGUAAUGUGUUCCAAGGAUCAGUUAAAAAUGAGUGCCACUCUACGGAAUUAAGUAUUCAUAUGAAUUCGGACAAUACAUCAAACCCCAGUGAUCCCAAAAUAAAAAUUGAAAAGGAUUUGAACGAUGGUAAUGAGUUCCAAGGAUCAGUUAAAAAUGAGUGCCACUCUACGGAAUUAAGUAUUCAUAUGAAUUCGGACAAUACAUCAAACUUAAGUAAAACAUUUUCAAAUUUGAAUGAUUUUAAAGUCAAUAAUAAACUUCAAACUCAUAAUAAUAAUCAAAAACGUAAUAUCUCCGAUAAAUUAUUAUUUAACUCAAAAGCAUACUUCACAAAACAUUCUAAGAUUCAAACUAGCAAAAUAAAAAAAAGGUUUGUUUGUGACAAUUGUAAAAAGUCAUAUUCCACUAAAUCAGAUCUGAUUACACACAUAUUGUGUUGUACGGGAGCAAAGCUCUAUAAAACUGAUAUUUGUGAUAAAGGGGUUUCUCAAGCAGGUUUAAAAAAGAAUAAAAGAACACAUACUGGAUUAAAGUCAUAUAAAUGUGAUAUCUGUGCUAAAGUGUUUACUCAAUCAGAAAACUUAAAAAAGCAUAAAAGAACACAUUCUGGUGAGAAACCAUUCGUAUGUGAUAUCUGUGAUAAAGGGUUUACUGCAGCUGCAACUUUAAAAAUUCAUAAAAGAACACAUUCUGGUGAGAAACCAUACGUAUGUGAUAUCUGUGAUAAAGGGUUUACUGCAGCUGCAAGUUUAAAAAUUCAUAAAAGAACACAUUCUGGUGAGAAACCAUUGGUAUGUGAUAUCUGUAAUAAAGGGUUUACUGCAGCUACAAAUUUAAAAAAGCAUAAAAGAACACAUUCUGGUGAGAAACCAUUCGUAUGUGAUAUCUGUGAUAAAGGAUUUACUCAAUUAGAAAACUUAAAAAAGCAUAAAAGAACACAUUCUGGUGAGAAACCAUUCGUAUGUGAUAUCUGUGAAAAAGUGUUUACUCAAUCAGAACACUUAAAAAAGCAUAAAAGAACACAUUCUGGUGAGAAACCAUACGUAUGUGAUAUCUGUGCUAAAGUGUUUACUCGAUCAGAAAACUUAAAAAUUCAUAAAAGAACACAUUCUGGUGAGAAACCAUUCGUAUGUGAUAUCUGUGAUAAAGGGUUUACUGCAGCUGCAUAUUUAAAAAUUCAUAAAAGAACACAUUCUGGUGAGAAACCAUACGUAUGUGAUAUCUGUGCUAAAGUGUUUACUCAAUCAGAAAACUUAAAAAAGCAUAAAAGAACACAUUCUGGUGAGAAACCAUUCGUAUGUGAUAUCUGUGAUAAAGGGUUUACUGCAGCUGCAACUUUAAAAAUUCAUAAAAGAAUACAUUCUGGUGAGAAACCAUACGUAUGUGAUAUCUGUGAAAAAGUGUUUACUCAAUCAGAAUACUUAAAAAUUCAUAAAAGAACACAUUCUGGUGAGAAACCAUACGUAUGUGAUAUCUGUGAUAAAGGGUUUACUGGAGCUGCAAAUUUAAAAAUGCAUAAAAGAACACAUUCUGGUGAGAAACCAUACGUAUGUGAUAUCUGUGAUAAAGGGUUUACUGCAGCUGCAAAUUUAAAAAUGCAUAAAAGAACACAUUCUGGUGAGAAACCAUACGUAUGUGAUAUCUGUGAUAAAGGGUUUACUCAAUCAGAACACUUAAAAAAUCAUAAAAGAACACAUUCUGGUGAGAAACCAUACGUAUGUGAUAUCUGUGAUAAAGCGUUUACUCAUGGUGGAGGUUUAAAAAAGCAUAAAAGGACACAUACUGGAACCAAGCCGUGA